UUCAGCAGGACCGGACCAAUGGCACUCUCCUCUGUGUGAGUCUGUUAGGGAAGGAGUGCAUGUCUGCAUGACUCUAUUGGAAGCAUUCUUUUAGAACUUACACCACUCUUUCUGAGUGCUGGGUAAGGCUCUCUGUGAGAGAGGAGAGAGAGACCCUUUGGCGUUGUGAUUUGACUAAACAAAUAGCCCUGCUCGGUGCGGUACCUCCUCCCAACGGACUCCUGGGACAGCAGAGAUUAACCCCAGACUCUGAACAUCUGAGGGAUCUGUACAUUUGAGGCAGCAGCCCCUGUAGAGACAACCAGCCUGAAAUUUCAUCUCUGAUUCUCCCCCUCCUGCAGAGAGAGAAGACUCGUCUGAAGGACAAACGUGCCUGAAAGUGUCCACUAUGAGGAAGGUGACAGCAUCAGCACUCCACCUGAUCGUCACAUUUACAGCUUUGCUGUAUUUCUGCACUGAAGUCUGCUGCCUGGAGAUUAAACCUGAUGGCAAAGAGUUCGUCCUGGCUCAAGGCUCCUCUCUGAUCCUUAAAUGCUCCGGCUCUGUGGGUGUGACGUGGUACUUUAAGAGGGACGACGUGCCUUACUUUCAAGUGGAGCAAAGUCAAAAUGAUCCACAAAGCUACAACAUUGAUGAUGAUGGCACUUCUAGUGUUCUGAGCUUGUGGAACGUAAGCUGGAAGCACAGUGGUGUUUAUCAGUGUGUUGAGCAGCUCACUGGGGACACCAAGGAGGUGGCAGUGUUUGUCCCAGAUCCUGAAGUGUGGUUCAUUGAGAGCUCCCAUGGCAUGGUGACAAAGACCAGUGAAGAAAGCACCAUCCCCUGCGUGGUCACCAACCCAAACAUUUCUGUUACCCUGCAUGAGAAGGAUACUGACAUGCCCAUCAAAGGGUUGUAUAUUCCCAGUGAAGGGUACAAAGGACCAGUGGAGGACAGGACAUACUUUUGUCGGGGAGAGCUGAACGGAGAGGUGAAAGACUCUCAGGCUUUCUACGUUUUCAGCAUUGUUGUCCCAGAAGCUAUCGACGCCUACGUCAACGCUUCAAAGACAGUCCUGAAGCAGGGUGAGCCGCUGACUGUAAACUGCACGGUGCACGGAGUGAUGCUGGUCUUUUUUUCUUGGGAUAUUCCCAACAGAGAGUUUAAUGAAGUUGAGCCUCUGACAGACGUCCUGUCUGCCAUGAGCAUGCGCUCCUGCUUGAUCUUUCCUAGUGCCACGGUGGCCCACAGUGGAAGCUAUGUCUGCCAUGUCCAUGAGGGUGUCCAAGACCAGAAAGCCUCUGCCAGCGUCAGCAUCACUGUGCUCGAACAAGGUUUUGUGGAAGUGAAGCCAGCUCAGCCGCAAAACAUUUCAGCCAGGCUACAAGAGAAUGUCGAGUUGCGAGUGGAGAUUGAGGCCUACCCUCCCCCCCAGGUUCGCUGGACCAAAGAUGGCACCACCAUAAACGGGGAUAAAACCAUCACCUUCAGACAAGAGCAUGAAAUUAGGUAUGUCACCAUUUUGACGUUGGUGAGGGUGAGGACAGAGCAGAAGGGUCUCUAUGCUGCUCUUGUUACCAAUGGUGACGACUCAAAGAAAGUGUUCUUUAACCUGGAAGUCCAAGUUCCCUCCCAGAUUAAAGACCUGACUGACCACCAUCUGCCAGGGAAGAGACACUUGGUGACCUGUGUAGCAGAGGGAGUCCCAACCCCGACUAUACAGUGGUACAGCUGUGGCAGCAUGCUCAAGUGUAGCAACCAGACGGCAGUGUGGAGGCCGCUGAUACUGCAGCCAGAGGAGCUGAGCAUCCAGACCAAUGUGAGCUACAGUGAGAUGCGGAAAACCAGCCAGGUGCGCAGUCAGCUGACUUUUCACAAGCCUCAACAGGUCACAGUUCGGUGUGAGGCCACCAACCAAGCAGGAUCAGUGGACAGAAGAGAUGUCAAACUGGUAUCCAGCACUCUGUUCUCCCAGGUGGCGGUACUGGCUGCUGUUCUAGCCCUAGUGGUCAUCUUUAUUACAUCAAUCAUUAUCCUCAUUGCUGUAUGGAGGAAGAAACCGCGCUAUGAAAUCAGAUGGAAGGUGAUAGAGUCUGUGAGCCAGGACGGACAUGAGUACAUCUACGUGGACCCCAUACACCUGCCCUAUGACCUGGCCUGGGAGAUGCCCCGAGACAACCUGGUGCUGGGUCGCACUCUUGGAUCAGGAGCAUUUGGCAGGGUGGUCGAGGCAACUGCUUACGGUCUCACGCAUUCCCAGUCCAGCACAAAAGUGGCAGUGAAAAUGCUGAAAUCAUCAGCCAGGAGGAGUGAGACUCAGGCACUCAUGUCAGAGCUGAAGAUCAUGAGUCACCUGGGGCCUCACCUCAACAUUGUCAACUUGCUUGGAGCUUGCACCAAACAUGGCCCUCUUUACCUGGUGACAGAAUACUGUCGCUAUGGUGACCUGGUGGACUACCUGCACAGGAACAAACACACCUUCCUGCAGUACUACGCUGAGAAGAACCAAGAUGAUGGCUGCCUCAUUUCAAGAGGAAGCACCCCUCUUAGCCAACGAAAAGGCUACGUGUCCUUUGGAAGUGAGAGUGAUGGAGGAUACAUGGACAUGAGCAAAGAUGAGCCAUCAGUCUAUGUGCCCAUGCAGGAGCAGAUAGACACCAUCAAAUAUGCAGACAUUCAGCCUUCUCCAUAUGAGUCCCCCUACCAGCAGGACCUCUAUCAAGAACAAGUUGGCACUAGAUUGGAUCUGAUGAUCAGUGAGUCUCCCAGUCUCACCUAUGACGACCUCCUGGGCUUCAGCUACCAGGUGGCGAUGGGGAUGGAGUUCCUCGCCUCCAAGAAUUGUGUCCACCGUGACCUGGCUGCCAGGAAUGUGUUGAUCUGUGAAGGCAAGCUGGUGAAGAUUUGUGACUUCGGCCUGGCCAGAGACAUCAUGCAUGAUUCCAACUACAUCUCUAAAGGCAGUACAUUCCUCCCCCUGAAGUGGAUGGCACCAGAAAGUAUUUUCCAUAAUUUGUACACCACCCUGAGUGAUGUGUGGUCAUACGGCAUUCUUCUUUGGGAGAUUUUCACACUGGGAGGAACUCCAUACCCAGAUUUACCCAUGAAUGAAUUAUUCUACAGCGCUUUGAAGAGAGGCUACCGAAUGACCAAACCCGCCCAUGCCUCAGAUGAAGUCUAUGAAAUCAUGAAGAAGUGCUGGGAUGAAAAGUUUGAGAAGAGGCCUGAGUUCUCACUCCUGGUCCACAGUGUGGGAAGCAUGCUGACAGACAGCUUUAAGAAGAGAUACAACCAGGUGAAUGAUAACUUCCUGAAGAGUGAACAUCCCGCUGUGGUCCGCACCAAACCCCGGCUGUCCUCACCUUUUCCAAUUGCCAACCCAGCCUUUGGCUCUCCAGGUCCCAUUACCAUCUCCUCCACCCCCCUGGGCUCUUUUAACCAGAACCCAAGACCUGAAGACCACAGACAAGAGGUCAACACGCAGGAAAUCAUAACUUCUUACAACGAGUACAUCAUUCCCAUCCCGGACCCAAAGCCAGAGGAGGUUUUCACUGACGAGCCAUCAGAAAGUCCAGCAAGCUCUCUGGCUCUGGAGGAGGAGAGUGACUCCAUGUCCCAAGACACCGCUGAUACUCUUCCAGAGGAGGACCGGCUGGAAGAGACCAGCGAAAGAGACGCACUAUUGGGCUCCUCGGGGACACCGGAGAUAGAAGACAGCUUCCUGUAGCCACAUGUAGGAACCCUGGGAAAACAGAGCCCCUUUCUUAGGCUGAAAAGGGAACACGGCUAAACUUUUAAUGUAGCAAAACUGAGACUCAGAAGGUAAUUUCUGUAUUUUGACGUAGCACUCAAAAAGUUGUGUCCUCCUUGAAUUUUUGUUAACUACCAAUGAAUGCUAAUAAUAAAUGUGGCGACAUCUGUCUGACAUUUUUGAAAGUUUGCCAUGAUAUAAAUAUGGUACUCUCCUCACAUUCCUACAUGAUCAGUGUGUAGUGUACUACGCAGUGUCAUGUUUAUUGUUUUUUCUAUUUUUAUCCAGAGAUCUAUAACAUGAGAUACAAUGGGGAUUAUUUGGAACCACGUGCCUUUUUUUGCUGUUAGUAGGUUAGACUUGUAAGAAGUGGGUGAGUUUUUUUUUUUUUCUUUACAUUUUUUAUCCAUGUUAAGUAAAACAGCUUAAAAGACAAACCAUGAGCAAAAACUAUAUAAAUAAAUAAAAUCAUAUACACGAAGACCAUAACUGAAUUUUAUUUGUAAAUUUUGAAUUCCAUCUUGAAUUUAGUUAUUCUUUUGUGUAGGCUUGAUUCAUAGUUCUGUGCCAGAUUUGCACUUUAUUUAGGGGAAAAUGUGGAUAUCCAUGUUAAAGAUAUAUUGUCCCACUCUGUGAAAGAUAGAAAGCUACAACAUAGAGCCACUAAAACAUAAAUAUAGCCGUUUUACAUUGAUUACAUGAUGCAUUUCUGUGAUGACAUGUGACUGAAGUGAAAAUAAUCAGCGCAGCAUAUCACUGCCUUAGCACAAGAUGGCACACAUGAGUGCCUUUGUAUUGACAGACUUUUGUCUUGCAGCUACAUGAAGGGCUAUUGUACUUAAUAAUCUUGACAGCCAUAUGUAGAAAUGCUAAAGAAAAAAAGGCUGUUUUGUUUUGUUUUUUUUGUACUUGUUUUGGUCAAUGUUCACUUACAUUGUAUUUCAUCUUUUAUCUAAAACACACUUUGUUUCCUGUAGGACUCAAUGUAAAAUGCACAAGAUCACAGUGUCACAAGCUAUGGUACCAAAGCUCUUAACGUUUACAAAUGUAUUUUUAUAAGUGUCAUUUUAUAUGUUGUAAAUGUGUCAAUAAAUGUGUAUUAUCACAAUA